AUAAAUCUUUUUCUGUGUUCACUAUUAUUUGUCUGUGUAAUUGGGGACUGACAGCAGAGCCCAGCUUAUCGGUCCUGUCAGGGACCACACUUGGGCCCUAAGGUCUCAGAUAACAAAUCUUAGGAAACGAUGGAGACUGUUAAUGAUACACUGUCCCAGGCUUUUCCCAUUUGCUCAAGGUACCCAGAAGCUAAGCCAGUAUCUGGACACCUGUCUCUCCUCCCCCUAUGAGUUUCAGCAGCCAUUCUGUCCUACCUGGAGGCCCCUAAGACCCCUACAGCCAGUCUGACACCUUCAGUCGUUUCACUUAGGACGGGACCUCAGGAAUGGCCAGGAAAAGCAGCAUGUGGAGCCACCAAGGAUGGCAGCCCUGCAGGAGCGCCCUCCCUUCUCAGGGUGCAUUCCUGGAAAGAGCUGACUGACAGGAAAGUCUCAGCUAGGGAUUUCCAUCACCCUGGAAAGAAAGGGCAGCCCUGAGUAACUGCGACUGUAAAAGAAAGUUCUUCAGAGAGCACAUCCUUCAGCCCUCAGGGGAAUGGUCCACCUGGCCAGCAGAGACCUGGAAAGGCUUCAGAUCCUCAGACAGGAAGCAGUAACAUAAGAUAUCUGCACAAGUUCAAGUCUUUGGCCGUCUAGCUGGAGACAUGAGUCAGGGUCAGGGAACAGGUGCCAAUCCGGGGGCAGGGGGCACUAGGUAGGUAGAAACACAUCCAGCCUCGCACGUCUACACGUGCAGAUCCAGGAGGUAGGGGUGGUGGAUCUGAGGAGUGGAGCUGGAGGCAGGACCGCAGGAGGGAGGGUCUGCUUGGAGCCUCUGCAAGGAAGAGACUAACACCAGCCCAAGUUAGGCCGAUGUGAGUGAGAGACACCAGUAAGGAGGUGACAGGAGAGAGACGGACGCCUGGAAGGCAGAUGAAGGCAGCUAGCCAGUGACACGGGAGUUCUCUCACUGGACCAAAAGAUGAGCCGAAGCAACAAACCUGCUACCUUGGUACUGAAGGAGCCUCAGUUUCCCCAUCUGUGGCUUUCUAGUGGAAGAUCACCUGUUCAAACCAGGUUCUUCCAAAAGUCAUUCCCUCAAGUGACCCCAGUCACAGGCUGAAAGAUGACAGAGACAGAGGCUGGAGAAGAAGAGGCAAUGGGGGUAAGAUCUGUCUGAUACUAGAGAACCCAGAGCCAGGUUGGGGCAGGGGUGGAGGGACACCCACCCCGGGGACAGUUGUCUUGAUGGCAGCUGCAGCCCUGGUGCAGGGAGGGUUAAGCAUUUUGCAGUUCCCAUCUGCCCUGGGCUGGCAUGGCCUCCCACAUUUACGUCUUCUGAAAAAUAUUCAGCCUGUAGCCUGUCUCAUUUGGUGCUCCAGGCCCUCCCCCUCCCCCUCCCUCGGCCCAAGCCAAGAGGAAGGUCAGGGGACUUUGGGAAACGGGAAACUCCAAAACUCCGGAAUCUGGAAGAAGGGACCAGAAGGCCUGCGGUGACGCCAUGAAGCGCCUGCUGAUCUCCCUGGCCUUAUGGCUGGGCGUGGUGGGCAUAGAUGGGACGGAGCUGGAGCUCAGCGAGACACAGCGCAGGGGCUUACAGGUGGCCCUGGAGGAGUUCCACAAACACCCACCCGUGCAGUGGGCCUUCCAAGAGGUCGGGGUGGACAGCGCUGACGACAUGCUCUUCUCAGCCGGCACCUUUGUGAAGUUGGAAUUUAAGCUCCAGCAGACCAGCUGCCUCAAGAAGGACUGGAAAAAACCCGAGUGCAAAAUCAAACCAAACGGGAGAAAGCGGAAAUGCCUGGCCUGCAUCAAAUUGGACCCCAAGGGUAAAGUUCUGGGCCGGAUGGUCCACUGUCCAAUACUGAGGCAAGGGCCUGAGGAGCCUCAGGAGCCUCAGGAGGCCCAGUGCACUAGGGUAGCCCAGGCUGGUGAGGACCCCCGCAGCUACUUCUUCCCUGGACAGUUUGCCUUCUCCAAGUCCCUGCAGCCCAAGUAAGCCCUGCACAGGUAGGUUACUGGAGGGAGAGAGCCCUGGCAUGAAAACUGGACUGAGGGAGGCAGAGAAGAGGGGUGCGAAACUUGGCUGAAAGCUAAGAUGAGACCAAAACAAUCUCGCUCACACUCAAUCUGGUUUUCCCUUCUUCUCUAGAACUCCAUCUCCCUGUGCAGCUGUGGCAGCACCCAGUGGAAGCACACCGGCUCCCAAAGAUGAAAUAUUCCAAGCUAAUAAAAUCGCUGAGUCUGUUCACUUCCAA